GCUCUGCAGCAGAGCCCGCCGCCCAGGCCCGCUCCCUUCGCCCCAAAGUUAGGGGGGUGUCCCCAUCCAGGGUCUCAGCAGGCCAGGGUCGCAACCGGGCCGCAGUUUGCCUGGCGACCCACAGCCCCCACCCCCCUGGCCGUCUCCUUUCCCUCCCCUCCCCCCGGGAGGGAGGAGGAGACUCCGCGGCCCUCCCUCGGCCCUGCCGGCGGCGGCCGCAGUCAGCCCCGUGCCCGCUCCGCCCAGCCGCGGCGGGUCGGACGUCCGGAGCUCGAGGGUCCCCGGCCGAGGUGAGCGGGGGCGGUAGUGCCGGGACGGAAAGCAACGGCGUCCCACCAACUUCCUCCAGGCCACGAAUCCUCCGCAGGAGAGAAGGGGUGCCAGGAGGCAUCCCCCAUCCUGUGGCCGGGAGAGCAGUGGGUAGAAGUGGCCAUCAUGCACAGUGGUAUCACAUCUGCAAAAAGUCCCCGGCGCCUCCCCUGAAUCCAGCCCAAGUUCAAGCCCAGAGCCUGUGAGCCCCCUUGCACCAUGAGCCACGGGCCGAGCCCACGCCUGGCCGAGUCCCCGCAGCUGUCCAAAGGCAGCCUCCUGACCAUUCUAGGCAGCCCGUCGCCGGAGCGCAUGGGGCCAGCAGACUCGCUGCCUCCCACGCCGCCCAGUGGCACGCCCUCCCCGGGGCCGCCCCCUACCCUGCCGCUGCCCGCACCCUCUGCACUGCUUGCCGAUGGGGACUGGGAGAGCCGCGAGGAGCUGCGGCUGCGGGAGCUGGAGGAGGCGCGCGCGCGGGCAGCGCAGAUGGAGAAGACCAUGCGCUGGUGGUCGGACUGUACUGCCAACUGGCGUGAGAAGUGGAGCAAGGUGCGCGCAGAGCGCAACCGCGCACGCGAAGAAGUCCGCCAGCUGCGCCAGCGCCUGGACGCGCUCACCAAGGAGCUGGCCGGCGCCCGCCGCGAGCGCCAAGAGGUGCAGGGCGAGUGCGAGGCGCGGGGCCGAGAGCUGGCGCGGCUCCGUGGGGUCCGGGGAGCCGCUGACCAGACGCCCGAUGGACCCGAGACGGAGCCGGAGCGGGAACACGAGCCCGUGCGCGAUGUCGGGUCAGAGAGGCCCCAGAGCAGCCAGGAGCUGGAGCUGGUGGAGAACCUGCUGAAGAGCAGACCGGAGGAGCCUGAGGGCUGCUGGGAGGCACGCAGUGUUGGGGCCGGGGGCCCACGGAGCAGCGUGGGCCGCCAGGAGCGCAGCCGGCUGCCCUGGGAGGACACGGCCGCCAUCGAGGAGGACGCCUCCAAGUUGACAGCCCUGCGGCUGCGGCUGGAUGAAUCCCAGAAGGUGCUGCUCAAGGAGCGAGAGGAUAAACUGGCACUGAGCAGGAACAUUGAGAAGCUGGAGGGGGAACUCAGCCAAUGGAAGAUCAAGUACGAGGAGCUGAGCAAGACCAAGCAGGAGAUGCUCAAGCAACUCAGCAUCCUGAAGGAGGCUCACCAGGACGAGCUGGGCCGCAUGUCCGAAGACCUGGAGGACGAGCUGGGUGCGAGGUCCAGCAUGGACAGGAAGAUGGCCGAGCUGAGGGGCGAGAUGGAGCGGCUGCAGGCGGAGAACGCAGCCGAGUGGGGCCGCCGCGAGCGGCUGGAGACCGAGAAGCUGGGCCUGGAGCGGGAGAACAAGAAGCUGCGGGCGCAGGUCGGGGACCUGGAGGAGGCCCUGGCCCGGCGGCGGCGGCAAACAGCCAGCGCGCUGGACUGCGACCUGCGGGCCAGCCAGGCCGCACUCUUCGAGAAGAACAAGGAGCUGGCAGACCUGAAGCAUGUACACGGCAAGCUGAAGAAACAGUUCCAGGAGAAAGUGGCGGAGCUGGCACACGCCAACCGGCGGGUGGAGCAGCACGAGGCGGAGGUGAAGAAGCUGCGGCUGCGGGUGGAGGAGCUCAAGAAGGAGCUGGCGCAGGCCGAGGACGAGCUGGAUGAGGCCCACAACCAGGCACGCAAGCUGCAGCGGUCGCUGGACGAGCAGACGGAGCAGAGCGAGAACCUGCAGGUGCAGCUAGAGCAUGUGCAGUCCAGGCUGCGCAGGCAGCAGCAGAACGCCCCCCUCUUCGGGAAGAUCCGCAGUGCCCGCUUUGGCACCGAGGAAGCCGGGGAUGGAGCCAGUGACCUGGACGAGGACGAGGACCUGCAGAUCCAGGUGGCCUAGCGCUCCCAGGACUGGCAGGGCUGGCCCAAGGCCGCGGGUGCCCUGGGCUACCUGGCUGACCGGCCGCUCGAACUGACACAGUCGCCCGUGCUCGCUCUGGGAGCGACCCCGUCCCUGCCACGGGCGACUCAUUUUCUCCCAGGGUGCACAUCGAUGGCCCACCCUCCGAGGCACGGUGGAAGGAAGCCACGGCCUGUGUUUUUAUAUAUAUGUAUGUACGUAUGUAUGCCUAGCGUUAUAAACACAAUACCGCUCCCAGGCCUGGCCUAGACACCCCCGCCCACCCAGGGCUUUCCACGCAGGGAGAAGAGGGUGUCAAGAGAGGGCCGCGGGGUCCCUAACCCAGCCUGGCCCUCUGAGCCUUGGGGACUGGGCAGGAGCUGUUUGUAGUACAACGUGAUAAACUUCUGUCUUUUGUAAUAAACGAGCUGAGGUUCUU